UCCUGGUUGAGGGCCGGGCUCGGCCUCCGCGAUGUUGCCCUACACGGUGAACUUCAAGGUGUCGGCGCGCACCCUCACCGGCGCCCUCCACGCCCACAACAAGGCGGCGGUGGACUGGGGCUGGCAAGGUUUAAUUGCUUAUGGAUGUCAUUCCCUUGUGGUAGUGAUUGAUUCCAGUACUGCCCAGACUCUUCAAGUUUUAGAAAAACAUAAAGCUGAUGUGGUCAAGGUGAAAUGGGCCAGGGAAAAUUAUCACCAUAACAUUGGCUCACCGUAUUCCUUGCGCUUAGCUUCUGCUGAUGUCAAUGGAAAGAUCAUCGUUUGGGAUGUAGCAGCAGGAGUAGCUCAGUGUGAGAUCCAAGAGCAUGCCAAACCUAUUCAGGAUGUUCAGUGGCUGUGGAAUCAAGAUGCUUCCCGAGAUUUACUGCUUGCUAUCCACCCGCCAAAUUAUAUUGUGCUGUGGAAUGCAGAUACUGGCACCAAACUGUGGAAGAAGAGCUAUGCAGAUAACAUUCUCUCUUUUUCUUUUGACCCUUUUGAUCCCUCACAUUUAACUUUGCUCACCAGUGAGGGUAUUGUGUUCAUCUCAGACUUCUCUCCAGCCAAGCCUCCCUCAGGCCCUGGGAAAAAAGUGUAUAUUUCCAGCCCACACUCCAGCCCAGCUCACAACAAGCUGGCUACGGCCACAGGGGCCAAGAAGGCUCUUAAUAAAGUAAAAAUCUUAAUCACUCAAGAGAAACCUAGUGCUGAAUUCAUAACUCUCAAUGAUUGCCUUCAGUUGGCGUAUCUGCCUUCCAAAAGGAAUCACAUGUUGUUACUCUAUCCUCGAGAGAUUUUAAUCCUUGACCUUGAGGUGAAUCAGACAGUGGGUGUGAUUGCAAUAGAGCGAACAGGAGUUCCAUUUCUGCAGGUAAUACCCUGCUUUCAACGUGAUGGUUUGUUUUGCCUACAUGAAAAUGGUUGUAUAACCUUACGUGUUCGAAGAUCUUAUAACAGUAUUUUCACCACUUCAAAUGAGGAACCAGAUCCAGAUCCUGUCCAGGAGCUUACCUAUGAUUUACGAAGCCAGUGUGAUGCAAUCAGGGUGACAAAAACUGUGCGUCCCUUCUGUAUGGUGUGUUGUCCUGUCAAUGAGAACGCAGCUGCCCUCAUAGUGAGUGAUGGCAGGGUCAUGAUAUGGGAACUGAAGUCUGCUGUUUGUAAUCGAAAUUCACGGAACAGUAGUUCUGGUGUGUCACCUUUGUAUUCACCAGUGUCUUUCUGUGGAAUUCCUGUAGGAGUGCUACAGAAUAAACUCCCAGACCUCUCCUUAGAUAACAUGAUUGGGCAAAGUGCAAUUGCUGGGGAAGAACAACCCAAAGGCUCCGUUCUGCAGGAAGUGCAUCUCAAAUUCCUACUCACGGGGCUGCUGUCAGGACUGCCCUCACCACAGUUUGCUGUCCGAAUGUGCCCACCGUUGACCACAAAAAACAUCAGGAUGUAUCAGCCGCUGCUUGCUGUUGGUACAAGUAACGGUUCUGUCCUGGUGUACCAUCUCACCAGUGGGCUGCUACAUAAGGAGUUAAGUGUCCACUCCUGUGAAGUCAAGGGUAUUGAAUGGACGAGUUUAACUGGUUUUCUUUCUUUUGCUACCUCAACACCAAACAAUAUGGGAUUAGUGAGAAAUGAACUUCAGCUGGUUGAUCUCCCAACAGGUAGGAGCAUUGCUUUUCGAGGUGAACGAGGCAAUGAUGAGCCACCCAUCGAAAUGAUCAAAGUCUCUCAUUUGAAGCAGUAUUUGGCAGUUGUAUUCAAAGAUAAACCCCUGGAAUUAUGGGAUGUUAGGACUUGUACCAUUCUUAGAGAAAUGUCCAAGAACUUCCCUGUAAUAACUGCUUUGGAGUGGUCACCAUCUCACAACUUGAAGAGCCUGAGAAAGAAGCAGCUGGCCACCCGCGAGGCCAUGGCCCGCCAGACCGUGGUCUCAGACACAGAGCUGAGCAUCGUCGAGUCAUCUGUGAUCAGCUUGUUGCAGGAGGCCGAAAGUAAAUCUGAACUCAGUCAGAACAUCUCUGCCCGGGAGCAUUUUGUGUUUACCGACAAUGACGGCCAAGUUUAUCAUCUCACUGUUGAAGGGAACUCCGUGAAAGAUAGUGCUCGAAUUCCACCAGAUGGAAGUAUGGGUAGUAUUACCUGCAUCGCUUGGAAAGGUGAUACGUUAGUUCUUGGAGAUGUGGAUGGAAAUUUAAAUUUUUGGGAUUUGAAAGGCAGAGUAUCCAGAGGGAUACCUACGCACCGAAGUUGGGUGAGGAAGAUUCGUUUUGCUCCUGGUAAAGGAAACCAAAAGUUGAUAGCAAUGUACAAUGAUGGAGCUGAAGUGUGGGAUACUAAAGAGGUUCAGAUGGUGAGCAGUUUAAGAAGUGGAAGAAAUGUGACCUUUCGGAUAUUGGACGUGGACUGGUGUACAUCAGAUAAAGUGAUCUUGGCAUCAGAUGAUGGGUGUAUCAGAGUCCUGGAGAUGUCUAUGAAGUCAACGUGUUUCAGAAUGGAUGAACAAGAGUUAACCGAGCCUGUGUGGUGCCCGUAUCUCCUUGUUCCAAGGGCCUCCCUCGCCUUGAAAGCUUUCUUAUUACACCAGCCUUGGAAUGGAGAGUAUUCUUUGGACAUUUCUCAUGUUGAUUAUCCAGAAAAUGAAGAAAUAAAGAAUCUCCUUCAAGAGCAGUUGAAUUCAUUGUCUAAUGACAUAAAGAAACUCUUGCUUGAUCCAGAAUUCACGCUCUUGCAGAGAUGCCUGCUCGUUUCAAGGCUUUAUGGCGAUGAAUCGGAGCUGCACUUCUGGACCGUCGCGGCCCACUACCUACACAGCUUGUCCCAGGAAAAGUCCGCGAGUGUGCCAGCCACUACAGAAACCGCUCCUCGGGACCAAGUGACCAACCCGCUAGAUAUAUGUUAUGAUAUACUCUGUGAGAAUGCCUACUUUCAGAAAUUUCAGCUGGAAAGGGUUAAUCUACAGGAAGUCAAACGGUCAACUUAUGAUCAUACCAGGAAAUGUACAGACCAGCUCCUUCUCCUGGGUCAAACAGACAGAGCUGUACAGUUGCUACUGGAAACAAGUGCAGAUAACCAGCAUUAUUACUGUGAUUCACUGAAAGCCUGUUUGGUCACAACAGUCACCUCAUCGGGCCCCUCCCAGAGCACCAUUAAGCUGGUGGCAACUAAUAUGAUUGCCAAUGGCAAGCUGGCAGAGGGUGUUCAGUUGCUCUGCCUGAUAGACAAGGCUGCAGAUGCCUGCCGCUACCUGCAGACGUACGGCGAGUGGAACCGGGCAGCAUGGCUUGCAAAAGUCCGUUUAAAUUCUGAAGAGUGCGCUGAUGUGUUAAAGCGGUGGGUUGACCACCUUUGCUCCCCACAAGUCAACCAGAAGUCGAAGGCCCUCCUGGUCCUCCUCUCCCUGGGCUGCUUUUCCAGCGUGGCCGAGACGCUUCACAGCAUGAGAUACUUCGAUCGAGCUGCCUUAUUUGUGGAAGCUUGUCUCAAGUACGGUGCGAUUGACCUCAGUGAGGACACAGAGAAACUCAUCUCUGCGAUAUAUGCGGAUUAUGCCCGAAGUUUGAAGAACCUUGGUUUUAAACAGGCAGCCAUUCUUUUUGCUUCAAAAGCUGGAACAGCUGGCAGAGAUUUAUUGAAGGAGCUGGAAUCCCCCAAGCGAGAACUGGCUGAAGAGUGACAGGUUAAUAAGUGCCAGGGAAUCUGACCUCAAAAGCAGGGCGGGGCGGGGAGUGGGCCUGGCUGUGUCACGGUCACAGUCCAGACUGAUGAGGGUGCCCUCCCUUCCAGGAUCCCUGUGGGCUGUUUCACAUGUUUCUAAGGCUACACAUGCACAACAGUGUAUCAGCAUUUACAUUGUUAGGAGCAGGUUCUCUGUCCUGUAUUUAUCUCAGAGAAAAAAAUGAGUGCUUCAGAUUUUGAAAAUGUAUAACCUUUUAUACUUUUGGAGAUUGAGCUUUAAGAGGCCCUGGAAAUACUUUUAAUUUUUUUAAACUUAAAGUGAUUGAAUUGCUUUUCUCGUUGACUAAAUUAAAAGAUGUUUGAAAACUCGGUAGUAAAAGAAGUUCGUGAGACCUGUUGUCAAAUAUGUACUGUGCCUGUUUGUAUAUAGUCAUUCAAGAUACGAACAGAGCAGGAACCUUUCAACAGUGAAGAUGACUUACCAAAGCAUUCCCUGUUUUCUCACCUUGAAAACACAGACUGUUGGUUCCCUCGUUUAGGCAGUUGCUAAAUUUUGUAAUUUCAGGCUGAUAGGCUCAUCUGGAAAUUGUAAGUUUUAUGUUUUGUUCCAGUACGUGCAGUCUUUGAUAUUUUAAAUUUUAACUCCUGUGAUGCGUUACAGUAACCUCCUUUUUGAAGUCUCUCUUUUGUGCUUUAAUUUUCUGUCUUUGUGUUCUUCCAACAAUUGAGAUAUAUGAGAUGUUACUAUUAUAAAUUAUUGCUGAGAACUUAAAUGUCUAUAACUUAUAGAAAUGAUAAAUAAAAAGGAAAUUCCAGCCAG